ACAGGGUUCGUGUCAUACAGUCAUGAAGUACCAUUGUUGAGUUUCUCGUUGCACAUUAAGUUAGUGUUUUUAAAGUUGUAUGGGCAAUCUUAUCUACCAUUGCUGGGUAGCUAGCUAGCUUAUAAGGGAAAUUUAAUCGUCUCAUUAUUUCUUCUCUGUCUGGUUGUCUCCCGUGUGUUCAGGUGGAAUAGAUCUUUGAGGACCGACACCGUCCAUAUAACUAGGCCAGUCUGCUGGAUUUUUGAAGCGUUUCUGUAGCGUGAGCGUUUAUUUGAGCCGAUACAGAAUGUCUGGACAGAGCAUUACUGACAGGAUAACCGCCGCUCAGCACAGCGUCACCGGGUCGGCGAUUUAAACUGUGUGCAAGGCAACCACUCAUGAAAUAAUGGGGCAGAAGAAACAUCUAGACUACCUGAUUCAGUGCACCAAUGAGAUGAACGUGAACAUCCCUCAGCUGGCUGACACGCUGUUUGAGAGGACCACCAACACCAGCUGGGUGGUUGUCUUCAAGUCCUACACCACACACCAUCUAAUGGUCUAUGGCAAUGAGAGAUUUAUACAAUUGGCUUCAAGGAACACACUUUUCAACCUGAGCAAUUUUUUGGACAAAAGUGGCCUGCAAGGCUAUGAUAUGUCAACGUUCAUCAGGAGAUACAGCCGCUAUCUGAAUGAGAAAGCUGUGGCCUAUAGACAAGUUGCAUUUGACUUCACUAAAGUGAAAAGAGGGUCGGAUGGAGUGAUGAGAACCAUGAACACAGAGAAACUCCUUAAAACCAUCCCUAUCGUCCAAAAUCAGAUGGACGUGUUACUAGAUUUCAAUGUCAAUGCCAAUGAACUGACAAAUGGUGUGAUCAAUGCAGCAUUCAUGCUUCUGUUCAAAGAUGCAAUCCGACUGUUUGCAGCCUACAACGAGGGCAUAAUCAACCUCCUGGAGAAAUACUUUGACAUGAAGAAAGUUCAGUGCAAAGAAGGAUUGGACAUCUACAAGAAGUUUCUUACACGAAUGACAAGAAUCUCAGAGUUCCUAAAAGUUGCAGAGCAAGUUGGAAUUGAUCGAGGAGACAUCCCAGAUCUCUCUCAGUUUACAGUCUGUGCCCCAAGCAGUCUGCUGGAUGCCCUGGAGCAGCACUUGGCAUCUUUAGAAGGAAAGAAAGUCAAAGAUUCAACAGCAGCAAGCAGAGCUAGCACCCUCUCCAGUGCUGUCUCCUCCCUGGCCAACACUGGCAUAUCUUUCUCCAAAGUAGAUGAGAGAGAAAAACAGGCUGCCCUGGAGGAAGAGCAGGCUCGCCUAAAAGCACUAAAAGAACAGCGUCUGAAAGAGCUCCAGAAGAAUCCUACUGCAGUGACUACAGACUCUUCUCCUGUCUCUCUGGGUGGGACCAUAAACUCUGCCCCUGUCACUGACCUCUUCUCCACCCCCAGUUCUACCUGCAGCACCUCCAAGGCAGCUAACGACCUGCUGGACCUUCAGCCAACUUUGCAGCAGCCACUGCCUCUCUCCACCACCAACACAUGGGGAGGGUUUACAGCCUCCCCAACACCCCAGCAACCACAGAACCUGCGAGGUCUUAAUGUAGACUUUGACUCCGUCUUUGGAAACAACACUAAUGCCAACAACUUGGAUUCCACGGAUAUUUUAGGUGGCAUCCUAAAACCCACAGUGGCAGCCUCAACAACUCAGAGUGUGACUCUAAACAGCCAGCAGCCGCACAAGCUAGUAUCCAAUGAUCUGGAUUCGUCACUCGCCAAUCUUGUUGGCAAUCUGGGAAUCGGGAACGGCACAGCAAAGAAUGAUCUUCACUGGAGUCAGCCUGGUGAGAAGAAGCUAACUGGUGGAACUAACUGGCAUCCCAAGACAGCUCCUUCUACCACCUGGAAUCCUGCAACCAUGACACCAUCUGUCAUGGCUUUCCCUGCAACCACACCAACGGGCAUGAUGACAUAUGCAAUGCCUCCCCAAAUGGGCUCCAUGAUGAUCACACAGCCCACUAUGAUGUAUACUCAGCCUGUGAUGAGGCCACCCAACCCCUUUGGGCCCAGUCCAGGUGCACAGAUGCAGUUUAUGUAACCAGCGGGGGGGAGGAGGAAUCUUCCACAUCUGAAGAUGAUUCACAGCAAUGUCAAUUAUCCAGGCAAAGUUGCUGUUUGCGUCUAAUGAACUUGCCUCUAUGGGAAUGAACAGCUCAAAAAAGACUUGUUGAAUAAAAUCAACACUUGGGGCAGCUCUGGCCGUUUCACAGAGGCUUCACAGAGGAUGUUGUGCCCAUCUUGUCAUGUCUAAGUCAUAAAAGGAGAGGAAACGUGUGUGCUGCCAUUUAAAACCAUGUGACAGGGACAUAUCCUGACUGUGUCCUGCAUUGAGAGAAACACAACAUCCAGAGGGAGCGCUUUCUGAUAUCACUGUUUCAUGUUCCAAGGGGAAAACAAGCUGGUUUGUCAUCACACCACCUGUUUGCUCUUUGAAUUGUCUUUUUUGUUCCUCUUUCUCCAGACGAGGCUGGGAGAGUAAUUUCUUUCAAUGAUCAAUUAUGAUUAACUUCUUAAAACACCCUCAUAUUAGGACAACAAGCAAACUCCUUUUUGAUGUAUUGCUUGCAGUAGACAUUCCUUGUGUAUGUUUGUAUUUAUUUAUGAUUACUUUAAGAGAGGAUUACAUAAAAAAACAAGAAGCAAAUGUAACUACUCACUGGCCUCUUGCUAGAGGGAGGUCUUCAGGUUUAUACAUAGUUAUUCUUGAUUGUAGAACUGGAUUUUGAGUGGUUGAGGUGAUUUUUAAAAAUAAGUUAAUAUAAAGAGAUGUCAUGUUUUGCUGUUAGGGCACUAAAUAUUCUUUGUACUCGCAUGAUGCUUGUACACUUGUGUGGUUCACUGAGAGAUGAGUAUGAAUGUAAUAAUUCAUUAGCACCAACAAAUGAUUGGGGUCAGUUUCUGUGAAUUUUCACAUCAGUAAGAGGAUUAUAUUUUGUGAUCAAGGCAGCAUCGCAUUGGAAAGGAAUCCACAUUUAUGCUUUUGAUCCUUGGCAUGCCUUUCAUUCUUAGAUUUAUCGAAGCUCCCAGUUGGCCUUCUUCACCUGAACGUGCAGGGACUCUUUCAUGCUCAGACUUGGUCUUCAUAGGGGAGCAUUUGGAUGUUAUGGAUGAGAUGGGACACGGUGAGACACUAGGAAUAUGAUUGGCUCACACCGGGUUGGGGGGGGGGGGGUCAGUUAAGCAGGAGAAUAGAGCACUGUUGAUCAGUGCUUAUAUAAAACUGAUCCUGCCAGUCACAGGAAUGGGUGGGCACGGGUGUGAAAGAUGGCUUGAACAUGAAAGUGCCUCUGAAUCCAUUAACUUUUGUGCGUUGUCCCUACAGAUUAUAUUUGUAUUUUUUUUCCAAUAAAGUGCAAGCUUUCACACUUA